GCGGCGGCGUGCAGCCAUUUCCGGUUUCGGGGAGGUUGGAGGGGUGCGGAGGGGGACUUGGAGCCGCUGCCGCCUCGGCCGCCGCUUACGGAUCCUGCCUUGCGCCUAGUGCUGCCGGGACGAUGCGGACGGAGCCCGGAGGGUGCUGCUGCCGUCGCCCGGUGCGGGCGAACGACUGCGUGGCGAACGGGGAGGUGCGCAACGGGUACGUGAGGAUCAGCGCCGCUACUGCCGCCGCCGCUGCCGGCCAGAUACAUCAUGUUACACAAAAUGGAGGACUAUAUAAAAGACCGUUUAAUGAAGGUUUUGAAGAGACGCCAAUGCUGGUUGCUGUGCUUACUUAUGUGGGGUAUGGUGUCCUCACUCUCUUUGGAUAUCUUCGAGAUUUCUUAAGGCAUUGGAGAAUUGAAAAGUGUCACCAUGCAACAGAAAGAGAAGAACAAAAGGACUUUGUGUCAUUGUAUCAGGAUUUCGAAAACUUCUAUACAAGGAACCUCUACAUGAGGAUUAGAGACAACUGGAAUCGGCCCAUCUGCAGUGUGCCUGGGGCCAGGGUGGACAUCAUGGAGAGACAGUCUCAUGAUUACAACUGGUCGUUCAAGUACACAGGGAAUGUAAUUAAAGAUGUUAUAAACAUGGGUUCCUACAACUAUCUUGGGUUUGCACGGAAUACUGGACCAUGUCAAGAGGCGGCUGCCAAAGUCCUGGAGGAAUAUGGAGUUGGAGUGUGCAGCACUCGGCAGGAAAUUGGAAACCUGGACAAGCAUGAAGAGCUAGAGAAGCUUGUGGCAAAUUUCUUGGGAGUGGAAGCUGCUAUGACAUAUGGCAUGGGAUUUGCAACAAACUCAAUGAACAUUCCUGCUCUUGUUAGCAAAGGUUGCCUGAUUCUGAGUGAUGAACUGAACCAUGCAUCAUUGGUUCUAGGAGCCAGACUCUCAGGAGCAACCAUUCGAGUCUUCAAGCACAACAAUAUGCAAAGCCUAGAGAAGUUGUUGAAAGAUGCCAUUGUUUAUGGUCAACCUCGGACACGAAGGCCCUGGAAGAAAAUUCUAAUCCUUGUGGAGGGAAUAUAUAGCAUGGAGGGAUCUAUUGUCCGCCUUCCUGAAGUGAUUGCCCUUAAGAAGAAAUACAAGGCAUACUUGUAUCUAGAUGAAGCUCACAGCAUUGGCGCUCUGGGCCCUACAGGCCGAGGUGUGGUGGAUUACUUUGGCCUGGAUCCUGAGGAUGUGGACAUUAUGAUGGGAACAUUCACAAAGAGCUUUGGUGCUGCUGGAGGAUACAUCGGAGGCAAGAAGGAGCUGAUCGACUACCUGCGGACACAUUCUCAUAGUGCAGUGUACGCCACGUCACUGUCACCACCUGUUGUGGAGCAGAUCAUCACUUCUAUGAAGUGCAUCACGGGGCAGGACGGCACCACCCUUGGCAAAGAGUGUAUACAGCAGUUAGCUGAAAACGUCAGAUAUUUCAGGAGACGUCUGAAAAAUAUGGGCUUCAUCAUCUAUGGAAAUGAAGAUUCUCCAGUGGUGCCUCUGAUGCUCUACAUGCCAGCCAAAAUUGGCGCCUUUGGACGGGAGAUGCUAAAGCGGAAUAUCGGUGUAGUUGUGGUAGGAUUUCCUGCUACCCCAAUCAUUGAGUCCAGAGCCAGGUUUUGCCUGUCAGCAGCUCAUACCAAAGAAAUGCUUGAUACUGCUUUAAAGGAGAUAGAUGAAGUCGGGGACCUCUUGCACCUGAAAUAUUCCCGUCAUCGGUCGGUACCUCUAUUGGACAGGCCCUUUGACGAGACUACAUAUGAAGAAACAGAAGACUGAGCCUUUUGGUGCUCCCCUAAAGGAACUCUCCCUCACCCAGGAGAGUGUGUGGCCUUUCCAGUCCAGUUGCAGGAACCACACUUCCUGUGCAAGAGAUUUCCUCAACUACUGACGGUGGCCACCUCCACUCUAAAUGAUAUUUUGUAAAUAGUGAAAACUGCUUCACAUCCUUCCUUUGCUACAUCACCUUUAAAAAGAGAGGUGACUCACUUUGCUUUUUUGUCCAUUAAAAAAUGUUUUAUUUUAUAACUAUUCUACUUGUGAAAUCACACUGACCCUACCCUGUCUCUGGCUAACCACGCAGGCCAUUUUCCUCUCCCAGCCGCCUCACAGAUGUGGGCCCAUCCAAAGCUCCUGCUGGCCCUGACAUUACAGUCUCGAGACUCACCUGGCCCUCCUUCCUGGGGAGCAAGUGCCUUCCACUUACUUCCAGUCCAGGUCUCAGAGGUUGCCAGCCUUGGAAUCCUUGUUUAACCAGUCACGUAAUCAACCAAAGCGUUUUAAUGUGUCUUAAGUUUAGCCAUUUAAGAAAAGUAGUAAACACUAACAUUGCUGAAACUCCCUGUCAUUGUAUAUCCCUCCCUGGCCAGGAGCCUCCAAGGCUUGGUCUUAUUCCAUUUUGUUCUGGUCACCAGAUGAUAUCUUCCUUCACCAUCAAAUGUUUCUUCGUAAUGGUCACCAUCUGAGGGCAUGUCCAGUUUCUGGGUUCUUCCCAAGCUGGAAUCUAACACUCCCACCCCCUGUUUAAAACACUUAAAUGUUUUAAAAGCACCCACACCCGCCUCUGGUCAGACCUCGGUGCCGAAGUCGACUCACCCCGCACUCUUCUGUGUACACAGCUGCUCCACAGAGUGACGCGCCCUCCUGCGCGGUGAGGGCGGGGGUGGCGGGGAGAGGGGUGGCUGCUCCUUGUAGAAUGUCUGUGGUUUCCUUCUGACUGCUUUCUACUUUUCAGAACCAUGACAGCCUCUGCCUGGGUUUGGGUCCAUAUUAGGGUUUCAACUGAUAAAGGAGAAUGUUGGUAAAUCUCCGCUCAGAAAUCAUUUGUCAUGUUCCUAAUUUAAGGAUUAAAGUUUAUUAACUUACCCUUCUUAGAAGAUGACCCAUUUAAAUAUCACUCUGGGGCUUCCCUGGUGACUCAGUGGUUGAGAGUCCGCCUGCCGAUGCAGGGGACACGGGUUCGUGCCCCGGUCCGGGAGGAUCCCACAUGCCGCGGAGCGGCUGGGCCCGUGAGCCGUGGCCGCUGAGCCUGCGCGUCCGGAGCCUGUGCUCCGCAACAGGAGAGGCCACAACAGUGAGAGGCCCGCGUACCGCAAAAAAAAAAAAAAAAAAAAAAAAUCACUCUGAGUGAUACUUCUCUUUUAUUCUUAAUGUCCUAAUGCAGUUCUAACCUGGCAUCUGGGGCUUUAGGGGCUCCAUCUCCUUCCAUUACCCCUUGUUUUUUCCCUGAGAAAUUCUGAACACUUAUUUAUUGCUAAACUGGGAUUCUCUAUUUUGACUCUGUUUUCAUACCAAGUAAGGGGAUUUCUUUCAGCGAGCUUUAUACUGCUUGACCAAAGAGCAAAUCUGAAAAUCACCAUGUUAAAGUUCUUACUUUCUUCUGUUGACCAAAGCUUAAGUGAAGAGAACUUUUGACUUUUUUUAUACCCAAGAUCAGCUUGUCUUUUAGUAUUAUAGGGGAAGGACUGGGAACAGAAUGGAAAAACUUUGUGUGAAAGUAGUUUUGUACAUCUCUAUUUUUGAAAUCACUCCUUUUAUUGGUAAAAAUUUUCAGUCCAAAUUCUCCUGGGCAUCUUGUCAUCAGCUGUGGUAUUUUUGUGCAGAUACAUGUAGUGGAGGAUGUAAGCAAUGCUAUUGUUUGUGAAGUUUUGUUUUCAUGUCUUAAGUUAUCUUUGGUCACUCUCAGCAUCUGAGAGCCUUAAGCCCUUGAAAUAUUCCAAGGUUUUAUUUUAAUUUUUUAAAGAAUAGGAAAAAGUGAAAAGAACCAAGUAGAGAUGCCGGGACUGCAUUUAGCAUGUACAAGUUGAAGUAAAAAAGAUUGUGGUAACUAAGUAAUUAGUCCUGUAAAAUAAAAUACAUUACUAACCUUUCCUGCACAUCUAGGUCCUCACCAUAGAACCCCAUUAGAACCAGAGAGCUUUUGCGCUGAAGUUACUAUUUAGUGAUGUAGGGUUUGCAGAAGUCACAAACUUAAAGCAAUGAACUUAAUGGCCAGUCUUUUAUUUUGGCUUGCAUGAAGUCACUGCAACUUAAAAUGUCACUUAAUAUGGGCAUUUAAAUAUAUAUAUAUAUAUCACUUUGCUAUGCAGUUAUUUCAGGAUAAAUGCAGUUAAGUUACAGAUUUAUUUUGAAGAGAGAAAACUCCUGUGAUCUCUCUAGGACCUCUACUUUCUAGAGGACAAAACAUUACACACACUGGUUGUCUCUUCUUGAAACUGUAAUAUAAAUCUAGGGUCCAGUCAUAUCACAAAUAUCAUUACUUAACCAAGCACUUGGGGAAACACAAGUGUAUGUAAAUACUGCCAUUGGGAAUGAGUAGAAGUCUGGGACCAAUAAGUAUUGUUUAGUACAUGGUUUAACACAGCCUGCUUCAAGAAUCUGAUGGGAUUCAAACAGGCAUCAGCUAACCAUUACUACCAAGGCUGGUCAUCAGAGUUAGUCGAUAGAGGUGUGACUAAUCCUUAUUACUUUUUCUCAUCCCUCUUAUUUAGCUUUGUCUUCAUCCAUUUCAGGUUUAUACCACCUUUUUCUGCAGAUCACAUCAGAAACCAGGAAGUUUAUAACUAGGGGACAUCAAAAUCACACCCAAAGAACGGAUCAAGUGGCAGUGGCAGAUUCUCCUCCCACCUUUAUUUUAAAAGCCUUACCGUAGAAUAUGGCGUACGUUCUAGAGCAUUGAAAGAGAAUGUUCAGGGGCAGGGUCUUUGAAGCACUAAACUUUUCGCUUUGCUUUGGAACAUUUUUUCCCUUUAAAAAAACAUUCUGGUCUCCAGAGCCCAGAGUACUGUUUGCUUGUUUGAAGAACUUCUCGUCACUGUCUUAAACUUUCGUGAUAAGGUGAGGAUUUCAUAUGGUCAGACACCCCUCUUCCGCGUGUAGUCAUGGAAGGUGAACAGAAAUAACCCGACACAACUACUAAGGGCUGCGUGUUUGCCUGAUGCCCUUUCAGAGGCCAAGACCCUAUUUCUUCCCCCAUGUGCCUCUUUCCAAAUUGAUGAGGAUCUCUGGCCCCUUGUCAUACUGGAUUGGGCAGCAGCACAGAACUUCUAGUCAUGUCAUAGGCAGUGAAGAAAGAGAAUUUGGGUUCUUGUUUUGUAUGAAUUUGUGGCAAAACCACCUAGAAAAGGUUAAAUACAAUUGACUGUCUCCUGGUUCUCUCUCUUUUUUUUUUUUUUGGCUGUGCCACGUGGCAUGUAGGAUCCUAGUUCCCCGACCACGGAUCAAACCCGCACCCCCUGCAGUGGAAGCGCGGCGUCUUAACCACUGAACCGCCAGGGAGGUCCCUCCUGGUUCUCUUGUAUAAAGAAUUGCUGUGCCCUAAUUCCCAGGGUGUCUUUCCUGGUGUUCUAGGUAAGCCAGAAUAGGUUUUAAUCUGUACUUGCUAUAACCCAUGUGGUUAGAAAAAAUGGGAAAGUUGUGGUUUUCCUCUGUCCACUUUCAUGAAGGUCAAGAACUGCUGAGUACUUCACACAGGUAAAAUCAUCUUAGCCCAAAGGAGUUAUGAAGAGGGAGUUACGAAAAUCAAAGGAUUCUUCUUGGCUGUUGAACAGCUGUUUUCUUAAUCCAUUAAGCCAGUUAAUUAAAACACCUUCCACAUAAAGAAAAGCUUGUCCAUUCUCUCUUCAGCUUUAUCCACAUGAAAUGCAGUGUUCAGGCUCCUAGCCAUUUGCCAUGUGCCCAGAUAGCUGGGUUAGAAGGCUGGCUUCCUCCCUUAUCAUACAGAGGAAAUGCCAGGACUGGCCAGUGAUCCCUUUGCUUUUAAUGUGUAGAAAAUGCUGUUGCCCCUUUUGUCAUUUCUAGUGACUUCUGUUUUUUAAGCACCUUUUGCUAUAGAUUGAGCCUUUUCUAGGGAGGAAACCGAAGGGGCUAGCUUGAGCCCUUAUUGGAAAUGUUUAUUCUAAUGUCUCUGCUGAGUCUGAGGUAUCACAUUCCCAGUCAUCCUUGUGACUGACUUGGGGGAGCUGUGGGCAAGGUCUUGUUUACUGUGUAGUGCACGUGAUAAAUGGCCUUAUAAACUGUGAUUUUUUUGUGGUAUGAUGAGUUUAUUAAACUGACCAUAAAGAAUUCAGUGGCUCUUAAACUGCCUUUACUGUGUUUUUAAUGAAGCACACCCAAAGCUCUGUUCUUUUGGAGCAGUUACGGGGAGGUUGAAUGAAAGGUAAAAAUUGGAGCAGUGCCCUGAUGUGCCAAGUGUCCUGCCUUGUCGCUGUCUGCGUGGAUAGUGCAUCCUUCCAUACACAAGGAGCCUUAAGCCCACUCAGUGUCUGCUUUUUCCAACACAGUUCCCGAGUUUCUUGUGCAAAGCUUUGUCGUUUGGCCCAGGCCUUCCAAGGAAGUGUGGGACAUAUCACUGACUAGGGGGGAGUGGUGACUUGUCUUCCCCCUUGAUGUUAGGUCUUGAACCUCAGUGGUGUUAAUGGUUGGACGAUAAAAAGCAUCCUUGACGGUUCUUCACAGGAUACUAGUGAGAUCACCAUGUCAGCCAGCAUGCCAACAGUCUUGAUGAUCCCCCUCUGGAUAAAGGUAGCUAACAUUAAGAAGGGGGAAAGAGAGAAAAUAAGAAUAGAGAAAUAGCUUAUGGAGAGCCGAGAUCAUAUUUUGUUGGCCCAUAUUUUUUCAUUCCUGUAAACUGGAAUUUGCAAGAGGUGCUGUGAUAACCCUUCUCCAGUCCUGUAAUGCUCAUACAAUCUGAGAAAGAGAAGGGGAAAUAUAAAUAAAACCUUUUAAAAUUUAGUGUUGUGUUAAAAUGUCACUCUCUCCCUUACCCACACCCCUCCCUGGUCUCCUUUUUUUGCCAGAUGACUUUUCGUUGCUGUUGUUGUUGGAUGACUGUCAAGCUAUAAAUGAUGGGUUGGGGGAGGUGUGUCCAUUUUGAGAGUGCCUGUUAAGAGCUGAAGGGGAACUACUUGAGAUGACUUAAGAGUCAUCCCAUGAAAUAUAUUGUUUUGCUCCAAUAAAAUACUCU